GCAGAGGGAGGCGCUUACCCGACUAAAGGCAACAACAUCAGUCUGUUCCGAUCACUUGAGAUGAAAGUUGCGAGCGCGUGCAUGGCUGUCUGAGGGGAGGACCACAGUUUGGAACAUUGGCAGAUGCGCAAGAAUAAAAACGCAGCUAUUCUGGAUUUUUGUUUUUCCUUUCUUUCACUCAGUUACAGCUUGUGAAAUUUGCUGGAGUUGUCUGCCCCUUUGCACAGAACUACUGCUAAAUCCAAACAGAUCAAAAUGAUGACCAGACCUUUUGGGAAGGGCAGGGAUGUGAGUGAGCUGGUGAGCUCCCUCAGUUGGCUGGAGGAGGACGGCAGCUCCCAGGACGGAGACGAAAGUCCAGAGAUGAGRGUUCGCCAUGGCCUGAACAUUGGGGCCCGGAUGAACUCCUGCACAGAACUUGGCAGUGAAGACAUGGAGGAGGAAGAGGAAGAGGAAGAGGAGGAGGAGGAUGACGAGGAGGACAUCGGACCAAAUGGAGAACAAGGUCCCAAAAGGCGAGGCCCCAAGAAGAAGAAAAUGACCAAAGCUAGACAGGAGAGGUUCCGUGCCCGGAGAGUCAAGGCCAACGCUAGGGAACGUUCCCGUAUGCACGGGCUGAACAAUGCUCUGGACAACCUGCGCAGAGUAAUGCCCUGCUACUCCAAAACACAGAAACUGUCCAAGAUCGAGACUCUGCGGCUGGCCCGCAACUACAUCUGGGCUCUGUCGGAGGUGCUGGAGAGCGGUCAGUCCACGGAGAGCCACGGUUUUGUGGAGAUGCUGUGCAAAGGUCUGUCUCAGCCCACCAGUAACCUCGUGGCUGGCUGCCUGCAGCUUGGACCCUCGCCUUUAAUUCUGAACAAGAUGGAGGACAACUGUGGGGGUUCAGGAGUGCCGACUGGACAUACCCUCAGCUACCCAUCCCCAGGCCUCCCAAGCCCACCUUAUGGCUCCCUGGAGGCCUCCCACCUCCUUCACAUGAAGGGACUGAAAGGGCCCAUCUACGACCAGUCCUCUCCUAAUGAGUGCAGCGGCGGCACGCCUCCGUACGACGGGCCCCUCACGCCCCCCCUCAGCAUCAACAGUAACUUUGCCCUGAAGCAGGAGCCUUCUCCGCAUGAAUCAGAGAGGAACUACACGGUCCAUUCCGCCCACCAUGCCCACUACCUCUCAUCCCACCAUUACCCCUUUUCUACGACUGGCAGCUUAGGGGGGCCUCCGACUCAGGCUUCUCGUUACGAGCUGCCCCUGGAUGUGACCUUUGACUCUUUCGCUCCCUCUCACCUGAUCACGUCUCAGAUAGGUACCAUCUAACAAGUGGCUGGGCAGAGAACUGGACUAAUGUACAAACUGCUGUAAAAAAUGACAACUGUUGUUCUGACUGUAUAGAUAAAAUGGUUUUGAUUUCUGUUGUCGAGCACUCUGGACUCCAGAGCAGUGAAUGCUCAAAGAGGGAGAGACUCAGCGCCUCAACUCAGUCUACCUGAUGCAAACAUGCACCCAACAACAAGAAAUUAUUAUUUUACGUUUUAAUCGUAUAGUUGAUAUUUGGUCUCCAUUUAUUUCUGAGCAAGCAACAUUUUCAUUUGUUAAAAAAGCUAAACUARGGAUUAUUUGACCAAAACUUUCAUGUUUGAAGCUUUGCAAAAAGAAGAGUUGAUCCAAAAGUCCCCAGGUUAAUUUGUGCACUAAGGUUCAAGGUCCUUUUGUAAGGAAAGCAAUACAUUUAUUUAUAUGUGUAUUUAAUAUUUAUUUUGAUGAUGUCAUGUCAUUUGGAUAUAUAUUUUUUUCUUUUCAGCRCAGUCUUCGUUUCACUGUCUUCUUUGCCUGUUGCCAUUCUCUGGUARCCAUACUGUAUUUAAGCUAUUUAUUCGGAGGUCUUUUCAGGUACUUGUUCAUUUUGUGUUAAAAUUUUUGUCAAACGUUCUGUUAAUAUUUUGCCAUUUCGCACUUAAUUGAAUAAAUAUUCUUAUAUUAUAUGCUAUUUCCAUAGUAA